AUGCAGCUGAUACUGCUAUGCAUUAUGCUCAUCACCUCAGGUAUGGCCCCAAGCCAGGGGAGCGUGCUGCAACUGAAAAGAAUGAUUAGACAGGCAACAGGAAAAAAUCCUAUCUUCAGCUAUCUGAACUAUGGAUGCCACUGUGGACCAGGUGGCAGAGGUCAACCCAAAGAUGCAACUGACUGGUGCUGCAAAGCACAUGACUGCUGCUAUGGACACCUAAGCGAGCAGAAAUGCUAUGCCCAUGUGGACACAUACAAGUACAAAUAUGCCAACGGGGACAUCGAGUGCCAUGGGAAGAGUCAUUGUGAGAAGGAGAUUUGCCAGUGUGACAAAGAACUUGCCCUCUGCCUGCGCCGAAACCUGGAAACCUACAAGAAGCAAUUCUGUUUGUCUUGGUUGUUCUUCUGUCAAGGCGAGAACCCAGAAUGCUAGAAGGAGGUCCUCCAGCAACCCUGGUGGGAAGAGAGCUCUGGAUGGGGCUCUAACUCUGCUCUGUAUACUUUAAAAACAACAACAAAAAGUAAAACCCCAAAACAGAGCCGACAUACCGGUUUUGAGGAUUCAGUGUUCAAAAUAGACUGGAGUCUCUGUAGCACAUUAUUGAGACUGUCUGGUGCCCUCCCUUUUAGUUCUGACAUUCUGUCCUCCAAGGCCUUUUCCUAACUCCGACAUUCUGUAUUCUAAGGGCCCUCUUAUCCCUGACCUUCUGUGUUUUACUUCCCAUCUCUGACAUUUCUGUGACAUCCUGUAUACUAAGAUCCUUCCGGCACUCAUUUUCUAUAAUCAAUGAACUGUUCUGAGAGCUACCAGCCUCCCUAGAAUAAGGAUGUGGCCAAUCAAGGUCACUUCUCUGGGAAGAACAAUUAUUCUUUAUUCAUACAAGUUCUCCUCUGUUUGUUGAACCAUUAGCUACCUAGUUUCCUCCUCACGUCUUAUAUUGAAACCUGUAGGACCUCCCCCUUGGGCUCUAGGAGCAGCCUCUUCCCUCUCUUUCAGCGCUCAGAUAAUGGAGAAGGGGAAGUUGGCAUGCUUUUCAUUGUCUCUCUUGGGAAAGCCUGGCUAGGCAGUCCUCUACAGGCUCAUGCUUUGCUCUUUCCAGACUUCAUGGCUGGUGCUCUGUCCAUGGAGCCUCCUAGUUGCCUCGUUUCCUUGGUUCCUUCUGAAAGUGACUUUUCCUAGUUUCUCUCCCUCCCCUCCAGUUUCAAAAACCUUCUCCUCUAAGGUAACCUUCUACCUCCCCUCCAGGUAUCUUGUAUGUACUGAUCCAUAUACAUGUCAUCUGCCUCAU